AACCAAACCUGAACCACCGAGCACGAGUCAAUAGGUUGAAACUCUCCCUCCAAAAAUCAAUCUCUCUCUCAUCAGAUUUUUCCACACUCAAAUUUCCUUCUUUCUUUUAUAAAACCUUCUAUUUCAACCACCUCUUCUUCAUCUUUCUUUCUCUCUCUCUUCUCUCUCUCUCUCUCUCUGAGUUUUACUCUGAUUGUGUGUUUUCGAUUAGGAUGCCACAAGUUGAUUUGGAAACCCUAGUUUCAGCCUGUGCAGGCGGAUCCGAUCGGAGAAUCGCCUGCGAAACUCUCGCCGACGGAGAUCAUCACCAGCCGGAGCAGCCAGAUCAAGAGGAUGUUCCUCCGGAUUUCCCGCCGGAAUCGUUCUGGCUCUCCAAGGACGCCGAGCUCGAUUGGUUCGACCAGCGCGCCUUCUACGAGCGGAAAGACUCAGCCAAAGGAAGCGUCAGUUCGACGAACUUGAAUCCGAAUCUGAACCCGAGCUCCAACAACAGCUCUCAGCGGUUCUCUCGGAACUUGAAGUCCAAGGCUUCGAUUAUCGGCUUGCCGAAGCCUCAGAAGUCUUGUUUCGUCGAUGCGAAGAGCCGCCGGAACGGUAAACCUGGAAACACUCGGUUGUUUCCGAAGCGGUCCGGAUCCGUCGGCAAAUCGGAGGCUCCGCUGGUGGAACCGUCGUCGCCGAAGGUUUCAUGUAUCGGAAGGGUGAGAUCAAAGCGGGAUCGGCAUCGCAGAAUGAAGAGUCGGCAGAUGUCCUCUGAAAGGGAGCCGGAGAAAGAGAAACAGGCCCCAAAACGAAAAACGGGGUUGUUCGCCACCGUUCGUGCUAUUUUCCGGUUCCAUUCCCGAGAAAAGAGGGCGUCUAGAAUCAGCGCGCCGAAGACUGAAUCGCCUCCGAGAUUUAGCGCCUCGAUUGGACCGCGUGGCAGCACGGCGUCCGAAACUGACGCUCCAAGAAAGAGCGUCUCGGGGAUCGAACCGUUCGGUUUAGGCGGCAUGAAUCGGUUCGCAUCCGGUAGGAGGUCCGACUCGUGGGCCGGAGACGUGGCUUGAUCUGAUUCGUCUUUCAAUUUCGUGUGGCGACAACGAGCGGAGCGGUGUGGGCUCCAGGCAUGCAAGUUGGUAGGGUCGCGAUUGGCUGUAUUCAGUGGGGCCCGCUUCAGUACCGAUUGGUCGUUGGAUGACGUGGCACGUUGAAAUAACGGUUUUCCCCCCUCCAAGGGUGAAAGGUGAUUUUAUAGUUACUAGAGUUUUUAUACACGUUUUUAAUUAUUUUUUUUCUUUUGCUUUCCUUUUUUAGGAUAAGGUUUUGUAAAUAUGUAUGAGUGUUCUGGAAUUAGCAGCUGUAAAUUUUUCUUUUUUGUGCUAGUUUUUAUAUAACGAAAUUUCUUUUAA